ACUCCCAAAAUGCACCAUUUGUCCACUGCUAACCAAAAAAAGCCAAUGUUACACUUGAUAUUAAAUUUUUUUGGGUCCAAAUAUAAUUUUUAAACAAAGAGAAGAAAUAAGCUCCCAAAAAUGGCUACUCUUUACCAUCAUCAAUACUAUCAUCCUCUUCUUCUUCAAUCUUCUUCAACUAAAUUAUGUUCCACAAAAUCACUGUGUUUCAGUAAUUAUUCAAAUUCCCACUUCAGAAAAUCUCUUAGCUACAAAACCCAUGUCCCUAAAUUUCCCCUAACUGUUGCAUUUGCUCUUACUCAAUCUGAUUCCCCCAAAUCCUCUAAUCCUGAUCCACAAACCCUUCUUCGAGAAUUAGCGGUUAAUUUGGAUUUGCCAUCUGAUUACUUUGCCAAACUUCCUAGGGACCUUCGUCUUGAUCUCAAUGAUGCCGCGUUUGAUCUUUCAAAUGGACCUGUUCUUGAUGAGUGUGGCCAAGAGCUAGGGGAGACGUUAUUGAAUCUGACUCGUGCAUGGGAAUCAGCUGAUACUUCAACUUCUUCCUCUUUAGCCAAGCAGCUCCCUCUAUUGGAGACUUCUUUGACUGAUAGGGAAAAGGCAGCUUUUGGUAAGCGAUUGCUGUCUGCUGGAAGAAGAUUCCAAUCAAUGGGACAAUAUGGUCAAGGUGAACUAGAAAGGAUUGCAAAGUCAAUGAUUUCUGUUGGGAAGCUUCUAUCUGCAACUGCAGUGCCUACAACUGAGGAACUCCCAAAAGCUGAAUCCCGGACUUUCAAGUUUGGAGAACUUCAAGUCGAAGUGACACCUGAAAAGGCAAUUAUAGGUGCAGUUAUCGCUGUUGUUUUUGGGAUCUUAUCAUGGCAACUAAGUCAAGGAAUUCAAAGCAUCUCAGACGGUAAAUUGCAAUAUGCAAAUGAUAAUGCUUUGCUGCUGGCCAAGUCUUUGAGGACAUCUCUGAUCGCAAUGUUCUAUACAUCCACUUUGCUGUCUGGGUUUUCUGCAGUUGGUUUGGUCUUGCUUGCAGUACAACUCAAGUCAAAGAACGAGUGACGGUUGGUGGUCUGAUCUAAUGGUUUUCUUAGUUGUGGUGCAUCAAUCGCUUAUGGUAAAUUGUUGUUCCAUCUGGUAGUUGGCUACAUACUCAAGUGUUGUAACAUUAUUAAGUACUCCAUAUUUUGUGAAAAAAAAAGGCGGCUUUUUAAUAACUUGAGGAUCAUAGCUGCACAAUGCCUAAACUAUUGCAUAUAAUACACCCGUUGUAUACAAAAUACUCCUCGAAAUUAGUUGCCAACUGCUGCUAAAACCGCUUGAGCAUGCUUACAGUAA